AUGCCAUCCGUCUGGUCUGCAUCGUGUCUGCUCACUGCUAUCCUUCAGCACGCCUCGAGAGGAUCGCAGGGGACCACUCCAGGAGUAAUAAAUAGCAUCGGCAACGGGUUCAAAGCACGGGCUAAAUCGCAAGCCAAGGACGUUGCAGGCACGAACUAUACAUUGUGGCCGACGUACGCUCUAGACGAGAUCCGCUACGAUUGCAGCCCGCCUCUUAACUACAGCUACGCAAUCCAAGCAAGCAUAAACCCUAUCGGUCCCAACCUCCAGGAGCCCCAGAAUGGAGAAAAGGCCACAACCUUUGCGACUAGAAACGGAGAAGAUAAUGGGACGGAUCCCGACAAAACCUUCCACAUGGAAGGCGAUACAAUAUACCUGGCCUACAACGAUAUCCUCUUUGGCCCCGACGACGAUAAUGCGGCCAACGAGGUUCAAGUCCGAUGCCCCUACUGCUACAAGAUCUGGCCAUCUCUAAAGGAGAAGGUCCAACACUAG